CUGCCUGUAAAAUACCUCACUGAGGGAAAAGUUUGCCAGCUUUGCAGUUGCAAUUGAAUGAACUGUGAGGCCCUGAGCAGGGAAAACUGAGGCGACACACAGGGAUUUUAUCAGAUACCACACUGCUACCUGCUAAACCUCGUCUAGGAGAGGCUUCUGGGAAGGCAGGGAUGGCAGCAGGAAGCAUCACAACCCUACCAACCGAAUCUGAGGAUGGAAACACUCCUUUCCCACCGGGGAACUUUAAGGACCCCAAGAGGCUCUACUGCAAGAAUGGGGGCUACUUCCUCAGGAUUAACUCAGACGGGAGAGUGGACGGAUCAAGGGAUAAAAGUGACUUACACAUAAAAUUACAGCUACAAGCAGUAGAGCGGGGAGUGGUAUCAAUAAAGGGAAUCACUGCAAAUCGCUACCUUGCCAUGAAGGAAGAUGGGAGAUUAACAUCGCUGAAGUGUAUAACAGAUGAAUGCUUCUUUUAUGAACGAUUGGAAGCUAAUAACUACAACACUUACCGGUCUCGGAAAAACAACAGCUGGUAUGUGGCACUAAAGCGAACUGGGCAGUAUAAAAAUGGAUCGACCACUGGACCAGGACAAAAAGCUAUUUUGUUUCUCCCAAUGUCAGCAAAAAGCUGAUCUGUGAUGACUCCCUUUGUAGGUCACCCUUUCUAAGACCAGAAAAUACUUUUAUAUUUGUAAUAUUAAAUGUGAGGCUGAGGUACAGCAUUGGUAUAUUGUAUAUUUGUGCAGGCUCUUGAGCCAGUUUUUGAGAAUGAUGAAUCCAAAAUACAAUAGUCCACUCAGUAUUUAAUCUACAUGUAAUAUAUUGAAUAUUAUACUUGCAUUUCUAAAUGAAGAGUCUGGACAAUUUAGAUGAAAAUUCUUUAAAAUAGCAUAAAAUUAGAGCAUCAUUUGUAGUAAAAGGAGAAUUAAAAUGUGAAGCUUAUAAGUGGUUGGCACUUCCUUCAUAGGUCUCUGGUAGUUCCUUAUGGUAAAGUGAAUAGAAAAGCCCUGAGUAAACAGCUGGGAAUGUUCUCAUAGUUAGGUCCACCAGAUGGAAGCCUUCGUUAUAACCAUAGAGUAGAAGCUUAGCAACUCUGCUUGUUAUGAUGGUUGUAUUACUACAAUAAGCAAGCUCUCGUAGAUCCAUCCAUUCACACUUCAAGCAUUCCUGAUGGCAGAAGUUUAUAGUGUGUGACAAUGGCUUCAGGCGACAAAUGAUGUACAAGUCAGACUUUCCAAAUGCCCCAGGGUGAUUAUGCUGCUGCCUUAUGCUUAAUAAGGACUUAAAUUCCGAAUGAAUGCCAGUCUCUUCAAAAACUUCUCUAACUGCUGUAGCUCCUACAAUUGAGAGAAAAAAAACAUUUGCUUUAAGUACAGCAACAGCUUUCCAAAAAACCUUUGCUUUCAAAACAGAAUACAGACUGCUUAGUAUGCAAUUUGUACCAAUACAUUCUUAGUUCUACUUUUAAGAGGGAUUUUUAAAGUGAAAAUGAUAUUACUACACGGCUGUGUAGUACACAAAUAGCAAAUAUUUCAUGGUAACAACUAUAUUUAAUAAAGGGCUGUUCAGCUGGAGGGCUGUGUGCUUGACAUGGCCCUGUAGGGGAUUUUUAUGACCCCCCAGUGUAUUUUAUAAAUUUGAUCAUUAUAGUGUAAUUUGGUGAUCAACAUGUGUUUUGAGAAAUAAUCGGAUCAUUACAUAUAAAUAAGUUAAACAGCACUGAUAUUAGAUGACAAGAAACCCCCCUCUGCCAUUUUUGAAACAGAAGGGGUUAUUAUUUAGUCUUACUGUAUGCUCCCAUACAGGUCUUUUUCCUUCCUCCACAGAAUCAUGAAACACUUACAUGUCCUCCAUACCUGGCCAUAAAAUGAAGAGCCUGGGUACUGGAUGUGAAGCAGCUAGACAUGGUGGCUGGCCACCUUAUUUUACUAAAUUCUAAGGCCAGGUACAGAGAAAGCGGCAAACUUUGAGGGAGCCCUUGUUGCGGUUUGUUGGAGGAAACGGGGACCUGUGCAAGGGGCACUUUUUCAAAAGCAGUAUGUAGGGUUUCCUUGUCCUUUUUAUAAACUGAAAAAAGUAAAACCCAUUCUGCAAUUUCACUUGGUACUGAACAUCUUUAUGUUGACAGAUUUAAGAAGUUGCAGAAAUCUACAGGAACUGCCAAACAGAAUUGGUUAUUUAUAAUAUAAAUUAGAAUUACUGUUAUAAGGAAGGUCAUGCACUAUUCAUCUAGGCUCUCAGUGCUAUUGGAUGAAUAAAUAUAUAUUAUUAUCAGCUAUAAAUCCUUAAUGAACCAAACACCAAAAUUAAAUGUUGGAUAACAAGAUUAUUGUUAUAUUUAAAUGAAAAAGUAUGAACAAAUCUAUAACACUUACCUAUAUCUUCCCCUUGAUCUGACAGACCACCAGGAAAUUUCCAUGCAUUUACUGUCUGUAAUAAAAAAA